AUGGCGACCGCAUUUCAUGGCAUGUUUACCGGAGGCCGCUACACGGUCCCACAGAAAAUGGAGGACUUUUUGCUCGAUGCUUUCACGAAGUAUUGCGAAGACAAUAGCACAGAGGACCUCUUGAUUAAAGAUGUGAAGCCGUUUUUUAAGCAAUACUUACGCAUCUCCGACAAACUCCUCCAUUUCCUGCAACCGCAUGAUUUUAUUCUCAAAGGUACCACUGAGGUUGUGGAUUUUGAACGUUAUCUGUAUCAAGGCGGAUUAUUUUUGAUUUUGAAUCAAAAUUUAGAUUUGAUCCAGGACAAUUGGAAACUCGUGUUGAACAGUCUUGGACGCAAACCCAGUUACAAAGAGCGCUUAACCUUUCCAGAUGUGCAAAAGCUGGCCGCAUCGUUAAACCAAGACACGCCCCAAAGUACAGUGGCAGACAUGCUUACUCUACAAGGAGACAAACAGUACAUCAAUUUCUUUGAUUUCGCAUUGAUACUAGGACGCGUGGGGGAGCUAAAUAUGAAAUGGGAUUGA